CGCCCCCCCCCCCCCCCCCCAAAAGCUUUCAACACAGACAUCUUUUCUCGUGCCCUCUCCAAAAGCAGAGGACCAUGUGGCCAUCUCACCACCACCAACAUGCAGUCAAGGAUGCGCAGAAACAGUCGAUGUGACCGGGGGUGAAGUGCAGGCUGGCGCUUUGGACACACGGGAAAAACUUUCCUCCCUGGCCUGCGCACGGUGAACUGUGACCGCUGUUGGGUGGGUUGUUUUUACGCCCCCUCUCACUUUGUUUCUACGCGGGUGAGCAGUGUGUGUGUGUUUGUGGCACCUCCCCGCUCCUCCAUAGAUCCAGUUGUACCCUGUACCUUCCAGGCUGCACCAUGCAUAUCUGCUGCACGUUCUGGCUACUAUAGUUAGAGCAGGAGCCCGAGGUUCUUCCCCCGCCGGCUCCCUUGUGCCUUGGUUUGGACUUCGGACAGUGCAUCAUGCCGCCACACCUGAAGCGCAUCUCGGUCUGGUUGCUGGACCGCACGGUUCUUUUGUAACUGGAUCUACUUUGCUUGGAGGGAGAGAAGGGCAUGCUCCCCUCGUCUCUGGAGAACACGUGUAAAGAGGAAAAGAAAUUCGAAAGAGAAAGCUGAGCAGCAGCGACAUAAGGAGAGAGAGAUCAUCUUCGGGGUUGUAACCUGUAGAUGUUUGAUCAGGCCACGACUAUGGGCGAUGGUAACCAUCGCUGUGGACCCAAACCGUUGUGUCUGGACCGGAUGGAGACGAAGUGCCGCGCCGAGAUAGGCAGCCGGUCCCCGGUCCCGAGCUCCACCGACACACCAGGGACAUCAGCGUCCACACCAACGUCCUCCAGUGAAGACGGACACGACAAACUUUUGGGAGUGGACCCUGACUACUGUCGGAGGAUAUUAGUGAGGGACGCCAAAGGCACCAUCCGCGAGAUCGUGCUGCCCAAAGGCCUCGACCUGGAUCGGCCCAAGCGCACGCGGACCAGCUUCACGGCCGAGCAGCUGUACCGGCUCCCGCCUCCGCUUCCGCGGGGGGAGGUUGGAGAAGAUGCCAGGACAAUCAGUGCGGUCAUGCAGCCGGUCAAGGUGUGGUUCCAAAACCGUCGCACCAAACAGAAGAAAGACACCACCAAGGAUUCAGACAAACGCUCCUCCUCCACGUCUGAGUCUUUGGCCACCUGCAACAUCCUGCGGCUCCUGGAACAGGGCCGCCUCCUGUCGGGCCCCGCGCCUCCUCCCAACGCUCUCUUAGGGCCUCCGCCUCACCCAGCAAAUGGCUCCCUGCUAAGCAGCCCAGGCGGAGCCUCCUCCACCUCUCCUGGGAUCAGCAGCAGCACUCCUUCCAGCUCCCUACCAGGGGGGACUUUUGGACUGUCGCUGCCCUCUCUGGGCGGCACACCGCCCUCACCGCGGCUGGGCGUGCCACCGCCGCACUCCCUCUGCUUCUCCAUGCCGCUGCUGGGCAGCGCUCAUCAUGAACUGACAUCCACCUAUGGCUGUGGUUCUUCAGCUUUUGAACCGUACAUGCGGCUGGACAGGAAGGAAGCAGAUCUGGGAGGGAAGAAGACAGUUUCUUAAGCUUACCCUCCUCUUUGAGGACACCAAGGCACUUGUCUUCAGCCUCAUACCCUGCUGCCUGUCUGACACUUGUGUGACUGCAGACGGAGGAACGAACUCAUGAGAUGUGCCAUUUUGUGCCACAGUACUAAUUGCCACACGGACACAAAAUGGUGACAAAAAUGUGAUGAGAUUAACAUAAAAAAAAACACUUAAUGAUGUGUGAAUAUUGCGUGAACCCUUACAGACGUUUUAUCACCACUCUCUUUGCUGUGGUUUUAAGUGACUCUUCACAUUUUGUCCAGUGAGUUUGUACAUGUGGUUUUUCUCUCUAUACUGGCCUUCAUUUACUGUUCAGAAAAAAAAAAAUACUGGACACGGAUAAUUCAGACUGAACCAGUGUCUCAAUGAGAAGAGCAGUUUGGACAUAUUCCCAUACAAAUGGCCAUGUAUGAGUUUAGUUGAUGUCACAAUAUGGAAGAAACAGAAAAUAGAGUUGUAGCUUAUUAAUAUCAGUCUGUUUGGUGUCCAGCAGUAGUUUUUGUAAAUUCUUAUUUGGCUGUGUUUGUGUGUGAAAUAAUAACGUGGUAGGAUCUGGGCAAACGGUGCAAGAUCACAUAUCUAGGUUUGGUAAUUUAAUAUAAAGAGCAUAAGAUGAAAGAAGAAAGCGGGUUAGACUCUCCCAAAGCAUUUAUGAAGCACUGGAGGUGAAACCCUACAGUCACCGAACCAAGUCAAGGUCAGGCUGAGAGAAAUGGCAUUUAAACCAAGAUUAAAGCUACAGUAUGUAACUUUUUUUUGUCAAAAGAUUUAGUUAGAAAUCUGCUCUAAAACUUGUCUGAAUGUGUAGAGGUGCUGUCACAUCCUCCUGUGACCCAGACUCAUUGAACAGCACUGGCAGAGCACAGUGGAUUGAUUUGGAGUUUCAUGCUAGUGCUAUUUGAAGUUACAUAGUGUAGCUUUAACUUUUCAUUAUUUGAUUCACAGAUGUCACAGUUUUCUCUUAGAGACAUCAUCUAAAAGACACUUGUUUACUAAAUCUGGUUGAGGUUUGGGGCAUUUUUAUAUUUAUAGGAGCAAAUUUUUGUUUGCUAGAAACGAAAAAGCUGUGGGCAGGACUAGAGCUGCAACAGGUGGUGCAUUAGUCGAUCGACGUGGUGUAUUGUUUGUCACUUUUUUAAGCAUAAAUACCAAAACUUGGUUUGGUUUCAGCUUCAGAUAUGACGAUUUCUGCUCGUCUUUGCUGUAAGAAGAUAAACAGGAUAUCUUAAUGUUGAAGUGUUAGUUGAACAAAACAAGCAACUGAGAAAUUGUGAAUGCUGUUUUUUUUCUAACAGUUUAACACAGUGUAAACAAUCAGAGAAACAGGUGGAUUGAUCAGCUGUAGCUGGGACAAGGAGCCAGAACAACGGUAGAGUUUACUGCUGUUUUAGCCCACUACUUUCAUUUUCUUUUCUUUUUCUAAGUUUUAAUGCUUGCGACAGCAUCACGUUGCUGCGUUCAUGUCAUGUCAGGGCCUGUAGAAACUACCUGGGAGUGUUCACGCGGUGGUCCAAGAUGGUGGCUAUCCACAGUGUAGUCUGCUGCGACUAGACUACUUAACUACAGUUAAACAUAACGUUAUUUUAUUUUGAAACCACACAGUACAAGUAACGUUUACUCCAAGUCUUACAUUGUCUUGGCUACAUAACUUUUUACAGUCACUGUCUGGAACAUUUUUAAGCUGGGCUCCUUUAGUUAUUAGACUAAUUUGUCAGCUAACCUUUAACAUGAAUAAUGUCUUUUCAUUUUGUGUGACCACAAAAUGCCAGUAGCUUGUCAUGUAUCUCUUGUUUGUUUAGAAGUGAAAUUAGGUGUAACUGCUGGUGAUGGUUGUCUUGAAGCCAGUUAACGAUGACACUUGUGCAGUCCUUUCUGCCGAGUUGGGGAUAUUGUUGGGGUCAGAAAUCCUUGAUUUCUCCCCCUCAGCUGCUUGUUAUUAGAGUUUAAAUGACAUGACAUGAACGCAGCAUAAGCACUGUUGCCUCUAGUCAUCAUAUUCACAAUUACAAGAAAUCCCAGUAGGAAACUCCAUGGAUGUGUUUACGAUGCGAAACGCUGCAGCAUCACCUCAAACGUUUUAAUGGUUCAUUUUUCUUUAAAUUGAUUCUGUGUGUUUGACGAUGAUGACAUUUGGCUCUCACUCCUGUUAGUCUUUACCCCAGCCUGUUAGAAACAAUUUCCUCUGCUUGCCCCUCAUUGAAAGCACUUUAUGUUUGUAUACAUCCUAUUGUAUCUCCCUUUUUUGCUUACAAAGCCAUUUCGCUAACACAUUAACCGCAGUGACAAGCCUCCCAUAGUUUACAAAAUCAUCAGGGUGUAGGGUUGGUGUAUUCAGAAAAACCCUCAGUUGUUUUUCAGCUACACUGAUUGACUGAAAGUACCUGAACAGCCUCCUGAGAGAUGCAUGUUCCUCUGUGGUCGUAUAUUCAGACAAGAUAUGUUAACGCAGGGCAGGCUGAGGGUCAAACAAGGAUGAAUCAGCUGUGGAGCUUUUCUCCCCUCCUCUGUGUGCUGCCAUAUGUUUCCUUGUAGUACAAACAAAAUCAAAGCUCAAAUGCAAGAACCUGCAGUUUCAACAGUUUGCCCUCAAUUUGUACAUGUCAGAUGGAUUUUAGCCCCUUUUCAUGGCUUCUGCGUCUCGUCUGUUUGAUACACCUCAUUUUCACCUCUUACUUUCCCAUGUAUCUAUUCAUGUCAUUUCGUGGUUUCAUCUCAUUGGGAGGUUUAAUGUUUUUCUUGAUCUCUUUCUCUCACACUUGCUGAAGAGGACUCGACACCUGUACAAAAA